CUUUCUUCCCACUGUGCUCAUUUUCUGUCUUGCCUCAUGUACCGAGAUCCCUUUUUCCUGUCAACUUUCUUCAUGCCGUCGUUCACCAACCUCAUUCAUGCUUUAGUUUUUUGUUGCCUUACUUCUUGCUUGCUGAAGGUCCUGCAUCAGUUCUUACUUGCUCUGUUUCCUCUUUCCAUUUGCUUAGCUGUAAAGCCCAGUGAAAAUCCCAGCUGUAUCCUCCAUUUUCAUCCCACAUCAUCGUGUUCAGCCCCUCGGUGAGCAGUGCCAGAAGCUGAGUUCCCUACUUCCAGCCAUUAUUCAGCAUCUCCAAUCGAUUUUUUUUCCUCUUUUCCAUCGUCACGUUGCUCUGUUUUCCAUUUCUUUACAUUUUUUCACUGUUCAUAAUUUCUCUUCGUCGCGUUCUACUUCCAGCCGUGAUUCAGCCGUAUCUUCACUCUCUUUUACCGUCGUUUUGUUCUGUUCGGCCUUCCCUGUAACUGGUUUUCACAGUUCAUAGCACACUGUUCAUCGUCUCUCUCUCCCCCCACCGUGUUCAGCCAGUUUUUGCCGUCACCCUGUGCUGUUUCAUACUGACAGAAGCGCGUUUUUACUGUUCAUAUCUCACCUCGCAGCUUCUUCAUUACCGCAGUGGCUGAUCUCCAACUUCAGUACCCUAUUCAUCGUCUUGUCCCUGCUUUCCGCAUCCCUUAUCUCAACUGUGGCCUAGCUUAAAUUUCUCCAGCUGUCCCUCAUUCCUUUAUCUGCACUGUGCAAGACUUAAGCUUAUUUCUUUGUGCUUCCCUGUUGCUCCUCAGUUCAUCUUUCCAUCAUACCUUUCCACCAAGCUCUGUCUUCCCAUGGUUCGGUCUGCAACUGUGCUCAUUCCACCAGCUUUGAAACUCACCCACACCGCCACUCAUAGCUCUUCCAUGCUGUUGCUUACUGCUUUCAUUUUCUCUGCUUCUUUUGAAUAUAUAUCUAUAUCUAUUACUCUUGCCUAAAGUUCGUUUUUUUUUUGUUUUGGUUUGAAGUUGAUUCCUUUAACUAGCGGUAUGGAUUCACUUAGCAAUGGGUCGCAAGAGUAUAGCUAAACGCAAGACUGCUCCAUCUUCUUCUCAAAAAGCUGCUAAGAAGCCAAAGCAACCAUUCAACAAUGAGAAUUCAUGGAUCAUGCAUGCCAACAUAGAUUUAUCUCUCUAGUGGGAUACAAGAAUUUUAUUUUUGACUGUUAUUGUGCAAUUCUAUGCUCCAAAGCUGCCUUUCAAACACUGGUGCGAAGGGGAUGGAUGGUGUACUUGACAAAUGACAAAUUUCAAUAUUAUAUCCCUGCUCUCGUUAGGGAAUUUUAUGUGAAUGCAUUUUAUUGCUACAAUGACACCUACUGGGUACGUGACAAGGAAGUGGUAAUUAAUGCUGAGGUUAUUCAGAACUAUUAUGGCUUCCCUUCCACUAUUGACUGUCUUUAUCGACAAUACGAGAUGAAUGUCUUCACACCUGAUUGGGAUGCAGUGGCCAAGCGUUUAUGUUUUGACUCUACUAGUUUUUGUCAAAGAGGGCUAUUGAGGGGUACACUUACAAGGCAAAGCACAUUUUGGUUUCAUUUUGUGGCUCACAAUGUCAUGCCCACAUCAAAUGCAUCCGAAAUGAACAAGGAUCAUUCUUUUCUCAUCUAUUGCAUCAUGGAGAGAAAAUUAGUUAAUCUUAUUGCUAUUAUCUAUGACUCUAUAAAGCGGUGUAUCAAUGUCAAGACUAAGAGAGCAUUUGCCUUCCCUCAUUUGAUUACUGAGUUGCUUCUGGCUAUUAAGGUUCCCAUUAUUGAUGAUGAGGAACAACAGCAACCUCGUCAGCCCAUUAAGUACCACAAAAUGCAUGCCAAGUCAUCUCGGGUAGAGAAGUCUCUGGUAGAACAAGGGGAAAAAGUCAAUUAGCCCACCCCUGUUCGUUCUCCUCCUUUUAAUGUGUGGGCUAAGCAAUAAUUGGAGUCAUUAACAAAUGCCGUCAAGAGGUUGGAAGAGCAUUUAUGCCUCAUCAUGCAGCAUUUACAUAUACCUCGUCAUGAUGUGCCUAGCUCAUCUGUGACACCUUCACCUAUUCUAUCUAUAGAUCCCUCUUAAGCUGAACCCACCACAGAAUUGAGCUUCCACUCUGCUUGAUUUGUGUUAUUUUGAUUAGUAUCUUUACUUCUUUUUCUUUUAGUCCUUUUAGUUAUUUUGCUAUUUGUCUUUGUGACUGUUUCAUUUAUUAUCUUGGUUUGUAACUGAUAUUUGAUAACACUUUACUCGAUGGUCUGUAACUAACUUCUUUAUUUCCAACUUA